UUCGCAAGCAGAAAGCGGCCGCAGUCAGCGCCGUCAACUGGGCCGCGCGGUUCCCCGGAUGCUACUGUUCGUGAGCUGACGUGCUCGCCUUCCCACUUCCGUUGUGCUGCCCGUACGCCAGCGUUAUGCAACAGCUGAGUCGCAAGCUGUGAAGCGCCGAGCUAAAUCGCAGAGGCAGCUGUACUUCGUGACUCCUCGUUUGUUAAAAGGAUCUUUGCGACGCGUUUCAUUGCUUGGCCAGCAGAACUCAGUAAUUCCGGAAAACGUAGUCACCGGCACCGGAAGAUGUUUCGCGACGUCAGCCCUGCCAUGAUGAUGGAGCUGAGCCAUAGUCUGACGCUAAAUGAAGAGGCCCUGCGUCAGAUUCCGGAGGCCAAGAGACCAGUAUUUGUAUUUGAAUGGCUUCGCUUCCUCGAUAAAGUUCUUGUAGCAGCACAGAAAUCUGAUAUCAAAGGGUGCCAGAAAAAACUUGUAGAGCAAUUGACUCAACAUAUACAGGAAUCACCUGGUCCACCUACAAGAAAAUUGAUAGCACGAUGUUUAGCAACACUCUUCAGUGUUGGUGACACAUUUUUGCUGUUCGAUACUGUCAACAAAUGCAAUGAUAUCUUGAAAAAUAAAGAUGAUUCACCAAGUUUUCUACCAACGAAGCUGGCUGCAAUAUGUUGUGUUGGGUGCAUGUAUGAAAAAUUAGGCCGCAUGAUGGGCCGAUCAUAUGAAGAAACUGUGCAGAUUCUUGUCAAAAGUUUGAGAAAUGCUGAAUCGCAGACACGAAUUGAAAUUAUGCACACAUUAGAAAAGGUGUGUGCUGGAAUGGGUAGUGCCAUUUCUAAUGUACACAAGGAGAUUUAUAAAGCUGCUCGGCAUGGUCUAACAGACCGAGUGAUGGCAGUGAGAUGUGCUGCUGCAAAGUGUCUUCAAGAACUGCUAACUCAUGCUCAGUUCUUGUGCACAUCAGAACUAGAGAGCCUGGCUAGUCUGUGUUUUCGUGCCUUUGAUGGUUCUAAUUAUGAAGUAAGAUGUGCUGUAUCAAAACUCCUUGGUUCAUUGAUUGCUGCAACUCAGCUGAUGCAGAAAGGCAACAGUUCCAGCCAGCAGAAUAAGGGUAUUAAACCACUGUCACUGGAAGAAGCACUUGGAGUUCUUAUGACGGGCUUUCUUCGUGGUGGCAGUGGUUUUCUGAAAGGCACUGGUGAAAUGAUUAAAGGAAGUUCAGGAGUGAACAGAGAAGUGCGUGUUGGUGUGACACAUGCAUAUGUGGUCUUUGUUCAGACAAUGGGCAGUGUGUGGUUGGAGCGAAACUUGCCUACUCUCCUGGCACAUAUUCUUGAUUUGGUUGCAAACCCUAAAGCAGCUUCAUCACAUGUUGAUGCUGUUUACUCUCGCAAGUGUAUAAACUUCAUUCUGCGUAGUCUGCUGGGAAAAAUGCUGGGAGAAAAAUCACAGGCAUCAGCAUGCAAAGAUCUUGUCCAUAUAGUAGUGAAACAAAUGAAUUCAAUGGAUUUUAAUCCAGAGAAUGCCAAAGAUUUUAACCAGGAGACUCUUUUUAGUCAGCACCUACUAGUGUGUGCCUUGCAGGAGAUUGGCAGCUUAAUUCAAGGCCUAGGAACAACAGCAGUUUCUCUCGUUACAGAUCAGUCAUUAAAUCUGAUUGAUGCAACCUUGGCUGUGCUUGUCCAUCCAUGUCAAGCUGCUAGACUAGCUGCAGCAUGGUGCUUGCGGUGUAUGUGUGUAGCUGUGCCCAGUCAAACCACACCACUUAUUGAUAAGUGUUUGGAAGGAAUAGAGAAUAUGAAGACGUCUCCUGAGGGUAUAGCAGGCUAUAGUGGUGCAUUAGCAGCUGUUCUAGGUAGUGUGAGAUUAUCACCACUUGGAGUACCUCACACAAAAGGAAAGGUGAUUUUUAAUACAGCUGAAGAAUUACUGCGCAGUGCAAGUCAAAACAGCCGGCUUUCAUUGAACCGGACACAAGCUGGGUGGUUGCUAAUUGGUGCUAUAAUGACACUAGGAGUUCCUGUCGUUAGGGGAUUGUUGCCACGUAUGCUGUUACUUUGGAGAAACUCUUUCCCUCGCUCAAACAAGGAACUGGAUUCUGAGAAGGCAAGGGGAGAUGCUUUCACAUGGCAAGUGACACUUGAAGGCCGUGCUGGUGCACUUUCAGCAAUGCACAGUUUUCUGCAGAACUGUUCUGAGUUAGUCAAUGAUGAUAUCAUCAGGCGUUUGCUAACACCUGUUGAAUCAGCUCUUGUCAUGCUGACAAAUUUGACACAGAUUUUGAGAAGCUAUUCUCAGCACCUUAAAGCUCCUGCAGCCAUGGUUCGAUUACGAUUGUAUGAGACACUUUCUAUGCUGCCUCCACAUACCUUUGAAGGUUCUUAUACACACUUGCUUCGUAUGCUUGUGGCAGAAUUCACACUCACAGAAAAUCCUGCAAAUACAACUACCUCUCAGUUGCGUGCAGUGUGUCAUGCAGAUGACUCAGUAAUACUAGGAACAUGGCUUCAGGAAACAGAUCAUCAAACAAUUGAAGAUCAGAUGGAGCCUAAUCGAAGGACUGAUGGGGACCAUCUUCAACCAAAUAGUGCAGCUGGCUCUGGUGCUUUAGAACAUGAUGUCUGCUGUCUAUAUCGACCUAUUCCAAUGGGUGAACUUGUACCUGGCCCAUUACCCCUUGGAGUUGCAGUAAUAGAUGCUUCAGUUGUCUUGUUUGGGCAAAUUUUUCCAAGAGUGGCAAAUAAACACCGACUGCAGAUGCUGGAUCACUUUGCUGAAUGUAUCCGUCAUGCUAAAUCAUCGAGACAGGAGGCAGUACAAAUGAAUGUUUUCACAGCAGUGCUGAGUGGUCUCAAAGGUCUUAAUGAAACAAAGACUUCUCUUGGCCAAGAAGAAGUUAAGAAAUCAGCUACAAGUUUAAUAAUUGGCACACUGAUAAGCAGUAACCCAGUGCUAAGGUGUGCAGCUGGUGAAUCACUGGGACGAAUGGCCCAAGUCGUGGCUGAUGCACGCUUUACUGCAGAACUAGCACAGACAAGUUUUGACCGGCUGAAAUCAGCACGAGAUGUUGCUUCACGAACUGGCCAUUCCCUGGCACUGGGCUGUCUGCACCGGUAUGUUGGUGGUAUGGGUUCAAACCAACAUCUAAACACCAGUGUCAGCAUUUUGCUGGCAUUGGCACAAGAUACCACCUCCCCUGUUGUUCAGGUUUGGUCACUUCAUGCUUUGGCCCUAAUUGCUGACUCUGGAGGUCCAAUGUUCCGUGGAUAUGUUGAACCAACUUUGUCACUUGCUCUAAAAUUAUUGCUUAAUGUACCACAAACCUAUGUCGAUGUUCACCAGUGCAUUGGGAAAGUUUUAUCAGCAUUAAUAACAACUGUUGGACCGGAACUUCAGGGCAACACAACAUCAAUAUGCAUGGCACGAUCAUCAUUUCUUUGUGCCUGUGCUAUUAUGCAAGACCAUCAAGAUCCUUUAGUGCAGGCUGAAGCUACAUCUUGCCUCCAGCAGUUGCAUCUCUUUGCACCACGGCAUGUUAAUCUCUCAUCUCUUGUCCCUACCCUCUGUAGGACUUUGUCAAGCAAUCACCUUCUUCUUCGUAAAGCAGCAGUUUCUUGCUUGCGCCAGUUGGCACAACGAGAAGCAAAAGAAGUGUGUGAACAUGCAAUGACUUUGGCCAAUGAGAAUCGAGAGACCAAUGUAGUAGAAGGCUUGGUGAUAACAGAGAGUGGCUUACCAGGUGUGCUGUUCUCCAUGUUGGAUGCAGAGACUGAUGGUCAUCUUAUCAAAGAUAUCCAUGACUCAUUGACAAGCAUGUUGCAAGUAAUGGCAGCAGAAAAUUUGUCACAGUGGCUCUCACUGUGUAAAGAUGUCCUUACAGUUGCUACAGAAUCAAGUAUAGGAGAAGAGGUCAUAAAUGUGGCUGUCUCAACUGAAGGAGAAGAUAUUGAAGGAGAUGAUGACCAACUAAAGUUCCAUGCUGAAGAUGACCAGGUGACUCAUCCUGCUGUUCAACCCCGAUGGCCAACUAGAGUUUUUGCUGCAGAAUGUGUCCGGAGAAUAAUCAUUGCUUGUGAGGGCAAUAAAGCAGCUCAUUUUGAUCUUGCAUUGGCCAAGGAAAUGCAGCUUACUAAAAACAGAGGUGAUUACUUGGUGCUACAUCUGUCUGACCUUGUGAGAAUGGCUUUCAUGGCAGCAACCAGUGACUCGGAUCCAUUGAGACUAGAAGGUCUUAAAACUCUUCAAGAGAUUAUUGAUAAGUUUGCGAAAGUCCCAGAGCCAGAAUUUCCUGGCCAUCUUCUCCUAGAACAAUUUCAAGCUCAGGUUGGUGCUGCACUGAGACCAGCAUUUGCUCCUGAGACACCAUCACAUGUAACUGCCGCAGCAUGUGAAGUGUGCAGCGCAUGGAUAGGCAGUGGCGUCGCAAGAGACCUGAAUGAUCUUCGUCGCGUUCAUCAGCUUCUUGUUUCAAGCUUGACCAAGCUACACCAGGACUCUGGAACAGCACAGCUGUACAAUGAAAGCCUUGCAACUCUUGAGCGUCUCUCCAUCCUCAAAGCAUGGGCAGAAGUUUAUAUAGUUGCCAUGGUGGGGGAUAACUCAGCACCAGAGAAAAUGGAUGCAAGUUUUGCUUCAUCUGACACGAUGCAUGAAAGCAGAAGUGAGGAUGACUUUGGUGAAUUUGAAUUUCGUGGAGAAAGUCUUCUUACACUUGUACAACCGGAACUAAUCAGUUUGUCACAUUACUGGCUUGCAGCUCUCAGAGACCAUGCAUUACUCUCACUUCCCUCAGAAUUUGCAAGCCAGUUACCUCAUGAUGGUGGUGCAUUCUAUACUACAGACACCAUGGAGUCAUCUAGACCAUAUUACUUAACUUCAUGGCCUCCAAUUCUUCAUGCAGCAGCUUUAUGGCUAAAUGCAAGUGGAUUUGAAGAUAACAGCCAAUCUCCAAAGAAGUCCUCAGAAUGCCAAGAAAGCAUUGUUAAAAAGAAAAGUAUUUGUGAAUCUGGCCAUGAUCGCUUCUACCUUUUGUUUGGUAUCUGUAUGGAAGCUCUUUGCAGUCCUCGUUCAGUAGAACCAUUGGAAAGCAUUAGUACAUGUUUACAAGCCUUGUACACUCUUUUAGAUUCAGUUUGGUCUCGUCAAGUACUUACAAGUGAUGAAAAGCUUCCAAUUGAACUUUGCAAUGUGCUUCAUAGGCUCUUGUUGACCAGAGACAGUCCUUCAACACAGCUGUUGGUGAUGGAGGUUCUAAAGCAAGUUUUGACAGCUGCACAAGAGUGUCUUGAUGUACAAAAGAAGAAGAGACUGAGAGAAAUGGUUCCUGCAAAUCAAGAUUCAAACAGCUGCCCAGAGGUAGACUUACUUGGUGAAGGUGGUACUAAAGGUGAUUUGGUUCCUGGGCAAUCACUAGUAUUUGCCAUGCUUGAAGUGUGCUUGUGUGUGCUGGUGCGGCAGCUACCAGCUCUGAAUCCUUCUCCAUCACCAGUGAUUUGCUCAGCUGUGCGCACCUUGCAUUUAACAGAAGAAGCUGGUCGACUUAUGUCUGCUGCAGUUUCGUGCAUGGAGAGCCUACCGAAACUGUGCUCUCCACAAGGAGCAGUAGUUGUGUUGCCAACUAUUCUGUAUUUGACAACUGGUGUCAUCAAAGAGACAGCAACCAAAAGCAUCCAUGAUCCAAGGAUUCUUGCAUCAACUGUCCCAGUUUCAUCAGCUCUGCAUUGCCUUAGAUCCUUGUGUAGCAGCAAGUAUGCUACAGAUGCACGUUCAUGUGAAGAAUGGAAGCAGCUGCUUCAGAGCACCCUUGCAAAAAUAUUGGACCUUGCAAAAACAGGCUCUGAAGAGACCAAAUUAGAUGAAAUAACAAUGCUGUUGGCAAUUGCAGUAUUUGUACUACAUGCUCCUUCAGAUGUGGUUUGUGUACCAAAUCUCCAGUAUCCUUGUAUUAAUCAGUUCCGUCACUGCUUGCAAAGUGACAAUUUACAAAUCAGACAAAGAUGCAUUCUGACUAUGCGUACCAUAUUCUCUCACCCUGACCAAAAUGUUGGAGUACCUUAUAUUCAUGCAUUAGCUCCCCGCUUGAUUGAAUUUCUCUAUACUGAAGAGAGCAGGCAACUUGCAUCCGAGGCAGAACUACAGAUUACAAUGGAGUGCAUUCAGACGGUGGAGACACUUACAUCCCUCACAGAGCCACAAUGCAGGGUGGAGAUGCUGUCACUGUUGGUUCCCAUCUUGAUCAGUUGCUUAUUGGAGGGUCCUGCUUUCAAAGAAGCUAACAAAUUCCGCCAGAUGCUGCAUGAACAGUGCCUUCAGAAAUUAAUGAAGAUUGGUCCUCAGUAUCCACAGGAGUUUAAGUCAUUAAUGAGUCAGUCAACUGAACUACGUUCAAAACUGGAGUCGGCUGUAAGGUCAAGUCAAAAAAAUCAACAGAAAUUGAGAGCUGAUAGUGCCACAGCGAAGACCUUUCCUUCACAGACACCAACAAUAAAACUUAAAACUGAUUUCAGCAAUUUUUCUUCAUAGUAUCAAAAGAAAUGAACUGUUGUGCGUUUUGUAAGAGCCGUGAGAUAGAGUGAGAAAUUUGGGAAGUAUAAAAAAAAAAAAAAGUGAAUGGGUGGGUGGAGGGGAAUGUUUGUUUGUGUAAUUAUAUGACCUCUAUUUCUCAGGAUAGUUUCUUUGAGUGUAACUCUGAACAAAUUCCAACUGUCCAAAUGGAAAAUUAAUUUUUCAAUAGUCUUCUAUGUCAUGCUGUGUGGACAGGUUCCUUUUGGUUCCAUAAUGCUAGGUAUCAUGGGAAAACCAUUUCUUAGAUUUGCUACUGGUUCUUCAAUUGAUGUUGGAUUUUAGGAUCUUCUUCAAUUGAUGUUUGAUUUUAGAAACAGAGACAACUGCCUGAUUUGUUUUAAGGAAAAAAAACCAGCAUUUCAGUAAUUUAAUGACGGCAUUCUGAAUUCAUCUGCAUUUAUUUAAUAUACACAACAUGGUGGUUGCCAAGUGUAAGUGUUAUUUAUUGUGUUUCAGUCAGUAUGAUUGCACCUCCACAAUCUCGCAAAAUGUUUAGCUGACUGGUUUCAGUGCACAAAGUUUGAUGAUAAUAAUGAACGAUAUUUAUGAAUAAAUAUAUUAUAGACUAGGGCCACAGAAGGCUUUGCAUAUCAGAUUCCCGUAUCUGAAAUCAUUGAUGUCAUCUGUAAGUGCAAAUUGAGCACAUCAAAUAGAAGAGAGACUUGUGAAAUGGUACCAUAAAGUAUUGGCAGAGGGCUGUUAUGUUUUACCUUAGGAAUGUGAAGUAAUUUUAAUGCUGACUUAAGACUGAGCUAAUGCGUUAAGGUUUGACAUUGUAGAGAGAGAGAGAGAGAGAGAGAGAGAGAGAGAGAGAGAGAGAGAGAGAGAGAGAUUUGUGUGUGUGUGUGUGUGUGUGUGUGUGUGUGUGUGUGUGUGUGUGUGUGGUUUGAUAUAUAUUUGUAUGUUUCGCAUAUUGUGUAGAUAAGGUUCUAAGAAUGUGUAAAAAUAACAACUAAACAAUGUAUCAAUAUGUAGGAAGACAAGAUAAAUGUAACUGGUAAGAAAACUACAGUGAAUCAUUGUUUUGAAAGGUUCCACUCUGCUUUUGCAACAGUGCCCCUUUCCUUAGAAAAUGCAACAGUUAUUGAAUACCUAUGUGUUUUCCAGUCAUACUUUUGUCAUUCCUUCAACACUAAACAGUAUCACAUGUUCCACACCCUAGGUCAAGUAGUUAGUUUGCUACAAAACCAAAAUAAUUGGUUUGCUUCACAUCUGCUAUUCAGCUGAUAGUUGAAAUCAUUAUUGGGCCAUAUGGCAAAUGGCAAAUUAAACACAGAAAAACCUAACCACACUCUUCAAUAGUUUGAAAUGAUAUUUUAAAAGAUAUUAUCAUGACAGAAACUAUAUCAUAUAAAGAAUAACUCUCCUGAAUGUGGUCACAAAACGUCUCCAGAUUCUGAAAUACAGCAGUAAAUAUAGGCAUGAACAAUAGCAACAGGCAUCAAAUUAAGAAGGAACAUAAUACCAGUCUUUCCAUCACAAGAGGAUUUUUUACUUGUAUGCAGGAAAAAGAAAAAUGAGAGAAAAUGCACAUUUUACUAGCCAGUGCAAACAUUUUAGAAUUCAAGAGUGAACAAGCAAGAGUUUAACAUCCUUUCCAUCAGUAAUUUUACUGUUUGUACUGUUCGAUUCAACAUAAACCACAAAUCUUCAUAACCACCCAGUACACUAUCACUAUGCACAUUUGUAAAUCAGGUGAUCUAAAAUUGUUUAACAAUUUUUGUUGUUUUUACUGACCUCCACCCUGUCUUUGCUAAAUCAUGCCACUUCUAUCAUCACCACUGUCACACUAUUUAUGAGUAAUUUAUUCUACUAUGCCUAAUUGUGGCCAUUGCUUGUAAGAAAUUAAAAACUGGAUUUUAGUUCAUCUUUCAGUGCUUCAAUCAUUGUUAAUUUUGAAUUAGGUGCUGUAUAUACUCACCAUAGUCUUCCUGAUUUGAAUUACAUUUAAUUCUUGCAUUUGGUAGCUGAUGCAGUGUGAAUUUCCUGCACUGUGUGAGGAAUACUGAUACAUUAACUUCCAAGACCUAAAGAGCGGACAAUACUUAAAGUAUACCACAGCUACAACACCUAUUACUCCAAACUUUUUGUUGAAUAUAUCAAGAUCAUAUUUAUGACUGCAUGAGACAGAAUUAAUAAAGCUUUCAUUGUUCCUUUAUAAGAAGAAGGUGCUAUACAUUAGUGCUACAUGAACAAACCAUAUGAGUAUUGUUUGAUUCUGUAAGCUUUGACAACAAAUACAAAAUGCUACAAUUAAUUAUUAAAGACAAGCCUUCACAAAAUGCAAUGAAAAGACAAGAGACAUUAUACAUUGAUACUUUCUUAUGUAUAUAGUUCAACAUAAUGAUGAUGAACAGUGUGAUGUGAAUGGUAUUAUGAUGAGAGAGGAAGGGGGGAGGAGGAGUGGUUCCUUGGGAAUCUGGCAGAGAGAGAACUUCAUUUUUGUAUGAGUCUGUGAAACCAAACUUAAGACAUUGGGGUGUCUUGUAUGCAGUUGCUUUCUGUGCUGCCUUUUAUCACCACCACACACAACUGAUUUGCUCACUUUCAGUUACUUAUUUACAUACAGGUAUCAUUUGUCAACACAUCCACCAUUGUUUCCAUGUAGUGUAAUGAGAUACACUAUUCUGCUCCACCACAUGGUCAUUGAGCAAUGUGAUAUCUCUAGUCUUCCUCUCAGUUUCACUAAAAGCUGAAUGAUUUGUGUCUGUUGCUUAAUUUCCAUUGAUCCUCAACUGUAUAAGAAUACAGAAAAAAAGACAACUGUGUAGUUAAUGUAAUUAUUAUACAUAUCGGUGAAAGUGCACAGCAAAUUGUAAAGUACUGGAUACCUAGAAUAUUUUGUAGCUGUGUUAAUGUAUUCAAUUGAUGUGUCAGAAUACUCUGUUUUUAAUGUCUGUUUUAUGACUUCCUAAACCAACAAAUAAAUAAAUAAAUUAUAUUUGUUCUUCAGAAUUGAUGUUAGAAGUAAAUUUAGAGUUUUGUUAAUGAAAUGUGAUUUUGCAGCAAUAAAUAAGUGUACAAUAAUGGUUAACUAUCCUAGAGCAGUUUUUGUAAUCAAAUUAAAGUAACUGAGUCAUGUUUUUUAA